AUGGAUGAUGCUCGGCCCUCAACCGCGGGCAUUCUAGCUGUUGCACCGCCAAAUUCGACUCGUCUAGGAGAUCUUCCGGAUGAAAUUCUGGUCAUCAUCCUGUCAAACUUUAGGUGUCGGUGUGAGCGCUACUACGAAGCCUGUAAACUAUUGAAUGCGGACAACCCUUCGGCUUUGGAAGACAGAAAUGAUCUAGCUCGUUUCUCCCAAGUAUCUAGGAAGUUCGCCAAGUGUGCUCAAGAAAUCUUGUUUCGAGACGUUGGUUUCACUCCGUAUCCCGGAUUAUUGGGCCAGAGAAGAAGGGAGCUGCGUCGACUAGAAGCCCUUUUCAACGUUCUUCAAAGAAAUCCUGGGCUUGUGAAGAGGGUGCGCAAACUAAAUUUAAACAUUGUGACGGCAACACGUUUGAUUCCGUUCCUAAGAAAGCAUUCGGGAUUCAGGAACGGAAGCAACAUGUACUCGGCGUUUUCUGCCGUGAAGCGCUUCAAGGCGUGCAUUGCCUUGGUCGAUCUUCGACCGCACGAAAUCGAAGACUUCCAGCUUGAGGUCGGUUGAGAGCCGUGAGAAGGCCGACGCAAGUAUAGGCGUCGGGCCAAUAAGUUGAGCCAUUCAAAACCAUCUCUUCUCGAACCCUGCUGUGGGUUUUACGGUCUUUGGAUAGGCGGUGGGGAGCUAGUCCUUUGAAUAUCACGUGACCAUGGAAUCGGUAGAGUUCUCUCGUAGUUCAAUUAUGUAGAAAAUGUCGCAUAGGUGGUAAAAAGGGGUUGCACACCUAGUACUUGCUUGCUCAAGAAGAACAAAAUAAGAAUGAACCAAGCGCGAUUCGAACCCGCAAAAAAAGAGUCCUUCCAAGGUAUUAACGUCGCGAGACUCGCCGUCACCUCACCCCCAUCUUUAACCCCGGAUGCACACUGUGCCACAGAAUCUGAUGGCGGCAGUCGUGUGGACGUUGAGCUCGAAGC